CGGGACGCGGUGACGUCACCGUUCGACCGCAGCUACGCUUUGAACCUGGACGGGCGGAGCAGCUCCUGGUCCCGGGGGCGAUGCUGUCCUUCGCCGUCAGGUCGGCUCUCGCCAGAAGCUCAGGUCUGUGGUUUGGCCUGAGUUCAGUCAGAGCCAUGUCUUCAGUGGGAGGUGCUACCCCUCCCUUUACCACUCUGUCCAUCACUCACCCAGCCCAGUCCAUCACACAUGUCCAGCUGCACCGCCCCGAGAAACGAAACGCCAUGAACAGGGCCUUCUGGAGUGAGAUGGUGGAUUGCUUUAACCAAAUAGCAGGAGACCCUGAAUGCAGAGUUGUGGUGGUUUCUGGAGCAGGAAAGAUCUUCACCGCAGGUAUUGACCUGAUGGACAUGGCUAGUGACGUACUGCAGCCAGAGGGAGACGACACCGCCAGAACGUCGUGGAACUUGAGAAAAACCAUCUCCAAGUACCAAGAGACGUUCUCUGUUAUCGAGAGGUGCCCAAAGCCUGUAGUGGUGGCGGUCCACGGAGCCUGUGUUGGAGGAGGUGUCGACCUGAUUACGGCCUGUGACAUUCGCCUCUGCACCCAGGAUGCGUGGUUUCAAGUUAAGGAGGUGGAUGUUGGGCUGGCGGCAGACGUGGGAACUCUCCAAAGACUCCCCAAAGUCAUUGGGAGCCGCAGUCUGGUGAACGAGCUCGCACUGACCGCCAGGAAGAUGUAUGCAGAUGAGGCCAAGAACAGUGGUUUGGUCAGUCGUGUGUUUGAAGACAAGGAGGCGAUGAUGGCCGGAGCUCUGGAGAUGGCAGGGGAGAUCUCCGCACGCAGUCCUGUAGCUGUGCAGGGCACCAAAGUCAACCUCAUCUACUCCCGAGACCACAGUGUUGCUGACGGUCUAGACUACAUGGCCACUUGGAACAUGACCAUGCUUCAAACUCAAGAUGUGAUGAAAUCAGCUCAGGCCUCCAUCGAAAAGAAGAGCCUCAAGACGGUUCCCUUCUCCAAGCUCUAAACGCCAAUUCACUAUACAACAGAACAACAACUGGACAAAGAUGACUUUGUGAAUUACCAAAUAUCACUUCUGUGGAACUCUCGGCUCCUGUCUUUCGACAAUGUCACGAUUUUCUACAUUUCUAAAGCGACUGUCAUGAAUGUCUUUUUCAAAUAAAAGAUUAACUCGCUAA